GUUUUGUAAAAGUGGUUUUAUGCUUGCCUGCUCGUGCUCGGAAAUUUAGUCGGUUUCAACACCUGGAAGAGGGAUGACACCGGAAUUUUUGGAUGGUCCUGUCUACCCUCGCUCCUGCCUAUCUACGAACAUGAUAAAAACAUCAUCUGUAUGUUGCUGAGAUUCAUAAGAGAUAUCAACGCGCCUUUGAAUUCAAUUGGGGAUACAGCACUUCUUAUAUCGGUCCGGAGAGGUUUCUAUAAGAUUACAAAAAAAAUAUUGGCAAUGAACGCUGAUGUUAAUAAGGGCUGUUUCUUCACGGAUAAUCCGCUGCAUUGUGCUGCUUUCUUCCAGAGAAAGGAGUAUAUAAGUUAUCCAGUCGAAGUUGGAGGAAGCGUGGAGAAAAGAAAUGGCCUAGGGGAAACUCCCCUACAUGUAGCUUGUUACAAUUCACCCGAGAAAGAGAUUAUGGAGAAAUGUCUAGAAAAUAAUCCAUAUUCCUAUAUCAUGGACCACAAUGGUAACAUACCGUUUUAUACGGUUGUCGCCGAAUACAACCAGAAAAUUGUUAUGACAACAGAAUUGGUGGAACUCUUUCUAGACAGGGGAUUAAAUGUGGAUGCCAAGGAUUUUCGUGGACGCUCACCUCUCCAUUACUGCUUCAGAAGAAGCAAUAGCCAGAUUGCUUCGAUCUUCCUGAGAAACAAUGCCUAUCUAGACUUAACUACAAAACACUCGGUAUGUCUCUUGAAAUACAUCCCAACUUCGUUAAAAACGAACGAAAUAGGGAAGAUCAUCCUGAAAUUCAUUGCCAUGGAAAUUUGCAAAGGUACUCCUGUAAAUGAAACGCUGAAGGAACGUUUGAGCAAACGCGAAGAGGCAGAUGAUUAUUUGGAACAAUGUUACCAAGAGAUAAACAGGCUCAAAUCUCAUAGAAUAGAAGACACUUGCGUCACUUAUUGGAAGCUUCUCACGAAGAGUAUAAAGCAAUUGGCGAGGUACACUACUAACUACCUUAUCCUGGAGGAGAUUGAAGCAUUCGAUGUAGACUUAUAUCCAAUUUAUAGCGCAGACAUCCUUUAUAAAUUUGAAAAGGGCAGGAAAAGGAUGGAAUUGAUGACAGAAUGUUCAGUUAUAUUGAACAGAUUCAGCGAGUGGAAAUUACCAGGUCAUUUUAUAAAUAUGGUAAUUGAUAGGCUGUCGAUAGCUGAAAUGGAAAAUUUAAUAGUAGCAGGGGUGACAGACCAACAUAUUUUAUGACUGUUACCCUAUUAGUUUAUUCAUGUAAGAAUUAUUGAGAAUUGAGGGUUAUAAUGUGUAAUUUUUUGUAAAUAAAUAUAGUUGAAUAUUGCUGUGAAAAAUGUGAUACUGUUUAUAUGUCCUCAUGUAGAAAAUUGUUGUUAUUUAUUUACUUUUAUGUACUCUCUUCCCAAUAAUAUGGUUUUUCUAACAGAAUAUUAUAGAAAGAUAUAUUUAUGUCUAGUCGGGAACCAAUUAUUCUGUAUAUAUCUGUUAUUUAAUGAUGUAAUCCCUCCCAUGAA